GUCAUCAGCAUCUGCAGAAUCAGCUCAGCUCGCGGUGCAAGAAACCAAGCCUUCGUCUAACCGCCGCUGGUCCAUGAAGAACUUGACAGCAUGGCGUUCGGAGGCCAAGCUCGAGUCUUCCCAGAGCCCGAAGCGCUCGGGCACGCUCCAUACAUUGCAAGAGGAAGCCAAGAGGCAGAAGGCCGCAGAGGCGCUCGUGAAGCGUGCGUCGAAGGUUUCCGCGUCCGAUCGCAAAGCAAAGGAGUCCGCAUAUGUCGUGCGUUCUCUCAUUGUUGGACCCACGCUCUCGAACAUGCCCAGGCCGAGCGGAGCCACCAAGGCUCAGGUCAACAAGGUCAAGGGACAGCUGCUCGAAUCAAGGACCGCCAACAAGGUCAUCGCGCAACUCCGUGCUUUACCUAUCGCCGAGGCACCUAUUGCUACCGCAGGAGACCAUUCGUCCGCGAAGAUCGGUACCGCCACUAAGGGUCAUGGUCCUAUCCAUGCUGUUUGCUUGCCGUUCACCGAAAGCGAGGCGGCGGGCAAGCACUUCGCCAGCGCUGGAUACAAAGCUGCCAGUUCUGAAGGCGUCGUUGAACGUGCCUUGGAGGAUGUGCCCAGCAUCGCUACAGCGACAGUGGAGACUGCGGUUACCAUGUUCCAGGACUUGCAUAUCGUUGAUUUACUGGCAGCGCCGAACAUGGGCCUCGGCGCCCCAGGCGACGCUCCUGGCAUCCUAUCAGGUGCUAUCCCGACGGCAGAGACGGUGAUCAACGGCAUUACGCAGAUCACGCCUCAACUCAUGAAUCUCGGCUACGCCAUGGGCAAGGCUGUGUACGUGAACCAUGAAGGUGUUUACCCGCCGACGGACCGCAUGUCUAUACUCACAUACUGGUGGGGUCUCGAACUCGUCCUUCCGCCUCCUUCCAUCGCAUUCCUCUCUCAUGCUCCGUCCAUCGCUCACGCGAUCAUCAAUUUCUUGACCGCCAUGUCCGUCGCCAACAGCGGCGUGCGGGAGGUGCUGCCCUUCAUACGGUACAUCUCCCAGUACGUGGACUUCGAAUUUGGCGUGAUUCAGAAGAUGGACCAAGGGCAAGGCGUCGUUUGUGCUGCAACCUGGAUCAUGCCUGCGGCAUUAGUACCUCGUCCUUGGGAUUUUCCUCCUCCCCCUCCUCCAUCGGCCUCAGCUCAAGCACCCGCCGAAGUUGACUCAGGAACUCAGACGGACACCUCGGGUGCCGUUCCUUCAUCGCCGCCGGAGACUGCCCCUUCUUCUUCCUCUCCGCCAGGUUUACCGACUUCGGGUGCUACACCGCAGCCGCCAUCGAUCCCAGUUGCUCAGCCUCUACCGAACCCGGGUAUCCCAGCCACUGUCCCGACCAGCUCUCCGUCGAUCACGGUGACGACUGCUACCCUUCCCCGGCACGCCGAGCCACCGGUGACGGCUUGAUCAUCUACUUCUUA